UCCCACAAUGCCGAGCGGCACGGUGUCGGCUCUGUUUGUGCUGCGGUCGCAGCAACAAUGCAGUUUUUAAUGAUGAUGCACUAGAGCUCCUCCGCUACACAGUCCUGAGUCUCCAGUCGUUCCAAAAACACACAAGAGGAGGAUUUACGAGUUGACCAGCCCUUUGAAAGGUUGUGGUUAUAUUUUGUUGGAACAACCCGUUGAACACGCAGGAUUCUAGUCUGGUUCCCUCAUUAAAGGCAGAUUUUCCCUGGCUCAGAAAAUGGUUGGACUUCAGACGGAAGCAAUGGGGCCACCCAGGUUUACUGAUCUUUGAGCCACCAUGCCCACCCCUCAUCACUCAUUGAGGGGCAAACCUCCUCAGAAGUGGAGCUGCUUCCUGACCUGAUUUGGAAAAAAGCAUAAAAAUGGCGUAAGGUUGUUUAGGUACCAAACAGUACAGGUGAUGCUGGGUCCUUAGUUGUUACCCACGGGACACAGGAGGAAGGCUUUUUAAGGACAAUGCUUAACCAAUCUUUGAUGAUAUAAUAUCCACCUUUCUGCCUGACAAGGUCGAAUCAUGGCUGCUGCAGAACCCCGUAAUACUGAUUUCUCAGUGAAACAAGGAGCGCACUGAUUUGAAUAUGCAGCGCAACGGUGGAGGACUAGGAGGUGGUGGACAGCCAUGGGUGUUAAGGCGUGUCCGUCUUACCUGGCUCAGUUUCAUGCUUUUCUUUAUCCUGGUUUUCUUCCCGCUCAUUGCCCAUUACUACCUCACGACUAUCGAUGAAGCCGGAAGUCCUGAUAAACGGAUCUUUGGGCCCCGGCCUGGUGGCGAAUUGUGCGAGGCCAAACAUGUACAAGAUCUGUGUCGCAUACGUGAGUCGGUGAGCGAAGAGCUGCUGCAGCUGGAGGCCAAGAGACAGGAGCUCAACGGGGAGAUCGCCAGGCUCAACCUGCGCAUUGAGGCCUGUAAGCGGAGCAUAGACAGUGCCAAACAAGACCUGCUGCAGCUGAAGAAUGUCAUCAGUCAGACGGAGCAUUCCUAUAAAGAAUUAAUGGCCCAAAACCAGCCAAAGCUGUCCCUGCCUGUCAGGUUGCUUCCUGACAAGGAAGACCCAGGGCUCCCACCACCUAAAUCUGCCCGUUCCUGCCGUCUGCAUACCUGCUUUGACUAUGCCCGCUGCCCCCUUACGUCUGGAUUUCCAGUUUAUGUUUAUGACACAGGCUCCUAUCCAUGGGGAGAAUAUAUUGACCCUCUGGUUAAGCAGGCUUUUUCUGUGUCAAUUAAGAACAAUAUUUAUGUAACAAAUAACCCCAGCAUUGCUUGUCUCUAUUUGGUAUUGGUGGGGGAACUACAGGAGUCUCCCACCUCCCAGCCACCAAAUCCCUUGGAGUUAGAGAAGCAACUUAAAGCUCUUCCUCACUGGAGAUUAGAUGGGCACAAUCAUGUACUGGUACAUCUCACCAGAAAGUCUAUGACACAGAAUUUCCUGUACAAUGUAAGCACAGGGCGAGCAGCAAUCGUUCAAUCUACCUACCUGGAACAGCAGUAUCGCGAAGGAUUUGACUUAGUUGCUUCCCCACUGAUUCAUGCUCUCUCUGAACCCAACUUUUUGGAAGUUCCUCAUCAGGUACCUGUGAAAAGGAAAUACCUCUUCACCUUCCAGGGGGAUAGAGUUGAAUCACUAAGGAGCAGCUUGCGCGAGACUCCUCCCCAGUCAUUUGAGGAAGAGCUGGAUGGCGAUCCACCAGCUGACUAUGAUGAUCGCAUCAUUGGCACGUUAAAAGCAGUACAGGAUAGUCAGUUGGAUCAGGUGCUCAUAGAAUUCACUUGUAAAAACCCAAAGCCAAGUUUGCCAACUGAGUGGUCCCUUUGUGGAGAGCGAGAGGACCGACUGGAGGUACUUAAAGCAUCUACUUUUGCCUUGGUGAUUGCUCCGGGAGAUGGGCAGCUGGUUGCCUCAGCAGGCUGUGGAAUGAGACUUUUUGAGGCUCUUGAGGUUGGGGCAAUUCCUGUCGUGCUUGGUGACCACUCCAAACUACCUUACCACCAGUUUAUUAGAUGGAGUGAAGCUGCAAUUCUGGUCCCCAAACCACGUGUGACAGAACUCCAUUUCUUGCUACGUAGUCUCUCAGACAAUGACAUGUUAGCUAUGAGACGACAGGGUCGCUUUCUGUGGGAAACCUAUUUUUCAACAUCUGAGAAUAUUCUUAACACUAUCCUUGCCAAUAUUCGUACUAGGAUCCAAAUCCCCGCUGCACCCAUCAAUGAAGAGCCUGCGCAAGAAAUCCCCCACAAAGCAGGUAAACUAGCUGGGACCGAUGCCAACUUAGCAGACAAUGGUGAUCUUGAUUUGGGUCCAGUAGAGACAGAGCCACCCUAUGCUUCGCCGCGCUUUCUCCGCAACUUCACAUACACAGCUGUGGACAUUUACCAAACAUGGAACCGUGCUCCCGGCCCUUUUCAUUUGUUUCCUCACACUCCAUUGGACCCUGUUUUGCCAUCCGAAGCAAAAUUUCUUGGUUCAGGUACAGGUUUCAGACCCAUCGGUGGAGGCACGGGGGGAUCUGGGAAGGAAUUCCAGGCAGCUCUGGGUGGGAACGUUCCCAGAGAACAAUUUACUGUGGUGAUGCUGACAUACGAGAGGGAGGAAGUGCUGAUGAACUCUUUGGAGAGAUUGAAUGGACUGCCAUACCUCAAUAAGGUAGUGGUUGUGUGGAAUUCACCAAAACCUCCUUCUGAUGAUCUGUUAUGGCCUGACAUCGGGCUACCCAUUGUGGUUGUCCGCACUGAGAAGAACAGCCUGAACAAUCGUUUUCUUCCUUGGGAUGUCGUGGAAACAGAGGCCAUCCUUUCAAUUGAUGAUGACGCCCACCUCCGCCACGAUGAGAUCAUGUUUGGAUUCAGAGUGUGGCGGGAAGCCAGAGAUCGUAUCGUUGGUUUCCCAGGGAGAUAUCACGCCUGGGAUGUCAACCACCAGUCCUGGCUUUACAACUCAAACUACUCGUGUGAGCUAUCCAUGGUCCUGACAGGAGCAGCAUUUUUCCACAAGUAUUACGCCUACUUGUACUCUUAUGUGAUGCCCCAAGCCAUCAGGGACAUGGUGGAUGAGUACAUCAACUGUGAGGACAUUGCUAUGAACUUCCUGGUCUCGCACAUUACCCGCAAACCUCCGAUCAAGGUAACAUCUCGUUGGACCUUCCGCUGUCCCGGCUGCCCACAGGCACUGUCGCACGAUGACUCACAUUUCCACGAACGCCACAAGUGCAUCAACUUCUUCGUCAAGGUUUACGGCUACAUGCCGCUGCUAUACACGCAGUUCCGCGUAGACUCUGUGCUUUUUAAGACGCGCCUGCCACAUGACAAGACCAAGUGCUUCAAGUUCAUCUAGCAGGGGGCCGAGGAGCUUUAGAACAAAAGGAAAAUAUGAUGAAGAUGAACGAAGGCACAGAAGGUGAUGCUGAAAAAGAGGCCUACUGCCAACUUGAACAAAAAUGCCCUUCAAGUGAAUCAUUUUCCUCCUUUUUGUGUCCUUCUCUUCAUGUUUCGUCGUGAACCACUACAGAUGUUUUAUACUCAUAAAAGAAGUCAUACAGCAUGUACAGAAAAGAUUAACUUUACCUAAAGAUACUUUUUGGCCACGGGACUGAAGCCUUGGGCCGCAGACAGUUUCAUUGCCUCUUUCAUUUCACAGUAAUGAAAGUACUUCUAUGUACAGUAUGUGACAGAAGCACUGAUUGUCAAAAGUAUUUUAUUGAGCUUUUUUUUUUAAAUGUCUUUCAAUUGUGUAAAAAGAAAAAACAUUGUUUGCAUCCCCCAGACACCUGGCAGAAAGCUUUGGCUCAAUCGCUUUGAGUUCAGCAAUUCACCAUAAUGCCUCAAUUUUGUCAUGGAAACCAGCGAAAUAAUAGUUUUUUGUGUGUGUGCGUGCGUGUACAGGCAAAACAGAAUUUUAUAGCCUGCUUUUUAGUAUGUAUAUAUUUUUAUAAAGGAGUAUUAGGGCCACACUUAAAACUUUUAUGAAUUUGAAAAAUAAAUAUACAGAAUAAAAGAAUAAGAAUUUUUAUGAUUUGCUGGCAACAGGUCUAUAAAAACAAAUAGUCAGGACGCACUGGAAAAAGAUUUUUUUUUUUUUUUUAUUAUUUUAUGUACAUGUGUCACAACCACAGCCACAAUCAACUGGUGUUAUAUUUUAUUAAAAACUUUGUUGAGAAUAUUGAACUAAAAUGGAAACAAUUAAAAUGAAGAUAUCUACUGUAUUUACAACCUGGCAGUUAACAACAAAUGAAUGUUGCCAUGGGAACUAUCUUAGUUUAGCUCAGCGUAGCCCUAAUGCUCCUUUGUAAUUUAUAACAAAACAACAUCCACAAUUCAGAAAGUGUCAUUGGUUCUAUUGUCCCUAUGUGACAUGCACAAUCUUAGCUGCCAAACACAACAUUCUUUCCUUUCACAUCAAACUGCAGUAUUAGGAUUAAGGUUAAGUAUACUCCUAUAUGUCCUAGCUUUACUGCCAUUAGAUAUGACCCAUUCUAUGUCAACCCCCUUGUACAGAAGUCUCCCAAAACACAAGUGUAUAUGUCACUUUACAGUGUCGCCAUAUUGGUUCCACUUUUAAUUUUUUGUUUAAAAACGAAAAUAAUUGCUUCAUGAAUGUUUUCUUUGCCAAACAGGUACGAACGAUGCAGUCCGGUACACCCAAAAGCGAUCAUGUUUAUGAUUCCAAAGUCUUUUAUGGGAAAAAAAAAAUCCCAUCGCUAUCCUGUUGGGAUUCUUUUUAAGAAUAACAUGCUUGAGUCCAUCGUUCCUGUAUAUUUAUUAUUUUUUGUUUUGUUUUUCUCUUGACUGACACAUGCAAUAAGUUGACAGGACAUUGGAGUCUGAUAGCAAAGAUGGAGAGCCAAGGAAAACUAGCUUGUGCCAUUUUCCUCUAAAUAUUUGAAGCAGGAGUCCAAGUAGGGACAAAUUGAGGUGGCAGUUCCAGACGUAAUAUUCCUUUCGGCAUGCCCGGUACGCCCCCUCUUGCAGUUUAACAACAACCUCGGGGGCUUCAUAACUCUAAAAUGCCGAGGCACAGAAUGGUUUGGCUGGUAUUUGGAAAGUUAAAUCUUAUCUUUAUUUUAGCUUGCCCUCAAGGUGGGAGUCUGUGGCACAGCUGGUUUUCCAUGGCUGUGAGCAUGGGGUACAUUUCUGUAGAAUGCAAGGUGCACCAAGUAAGUCCCAAAUUCCACCUUGGAGUGUGUAGAAAAGGCUUGUUGUUCUGAACCAGCAGGAAACGUGUGAAUGGGAAUAAAAACAAAUGUUAAAUCUU